UUUGUGCAUACUCGAACCAUCGCUCUACAGUCUCAUUCGGGGCGAGAUAUUGAAAGCAAGGUGGCAGGGAGACAAGAUGACUGCAAAUAAGAAACGCCUAUAUAUUGCGCUGUACCCUAGUGGAGUCGUAGGCAACGAAGAAAGAAGAUAUCAUUGGGCAUUCCUGAUUGGACCGAAAGUAGAGAAGGGCAAAGAAGUCCCAGGGGCUCGUUACCACGUGAAGAACAGCCCUGUAGGUGGGUGCGUGUAUGAAGAGAAGGAUGUCCUGGAUGUGCGAUUGACAAAUACGUUACUUGGGCGUAUUCUCAUCGCAAAGGUGGAGAACGAACAACGUCUCGUCAAUAUUCUUCGGAAUCUUCCAGUCGUCAACGGAGACCCAAAUUGGAGAUGUCGUACCUGGAUUGCAAAAGACGGAACGCCCAAGCCAACAUACGAUCUGCUUGAAGGGAAGGAAACUGUGCCGUGA